AUGGCAGCGAGCGAGGUAAGGAGGAGGUUAGGGAGUGCGCCCUCACCUCGCCUCGGCUCAGUCCGGCUUGGCAGUUCAUUGCGAGCCACCUGAGGGGUCACGUCCUGCCACUCUCCGUGCCACCUAGGGAGCAGAACCCGCGGGAGACUCAGCCCGAAUCCUGUGCGCACUAAAACGACGGACAUAGUGAUUGAUUGAUAGACAUAGUGCUACAGCUGCAUGGUGGUCUUUUGGACUUUCGUUGCUGGUCUGUCCCUGUGUAUAAGUCUGAAAAAUAUUUAAAUUCCUUUGCCAAUUGUGCAUGAAAGGAUGUGGAGUAUGUUCAAGUGAUACAACGAUGUGAGAGGCUGUGAUCUUCCUCUGGACGAACGAGAGUACAACGGACAGCGAGGCAGUGAUGAGGGUGCUAGUGGUGCUGGCGGUGCUGGUGCUUCCUGGGCUGGUGUGUGGACAGGGACACUCUUUAGAUUACGAAUACAUUCCGCACAAGGACGAGCAUUUCCCGUCACGAGCAAGGACAAACCUAGCACCCAGACCCCGGGCUCAGGUCGAAUAUAAUGCUACUAUACAAAAGUGUCGAUGUGGUGCUAACAGAGCGUGGAGCGGCUCGGGCUGCUCCCUGGCAGAGCAGAGUUACGUGGCUGUGAUGGACGAAAGCACGCAACAAGCUAGUGCGUCUCCAACUGAUGCAUUUCGGGUGAGGGUCGAGGCAGCUCCAUGCUCCCAGAACCAAGUGAAAGUUACUUUGGUUCCGAGUCGUGACUACUCUAACCAAUUCUCCCUCCUCCCGAACGGUUCGUUGUACUGGCAGGCGCUGGCCUACGAGCACUACUGUUUUGACCAUACGCUCGACAGUGAAGGAAAAAUGUCCUGGGAGGCCGACGUGUGUCUCUCGCCACCAGCCGUUCCCCGCUGCUGCCACAGUCUGGCCAUCGGUUCAGACGGCUCCUGCAACGCCUACCCUCAUCAGUCCUUCUCGCCCCCUGUCAUGCUGAGAGAACAAGUGCUGCAGUGGCCGGGUGAUGUGCCGGAGAGGGCCGUGAGCGUGACAUGUGCAAAGUACGAGAAACUCUUGAAUCUUUCGCUGAACACGAGCCAGACACAUCUUACGUACGCGUCAGGAGGCGUGUCCUUGGCGUGGUCUCCGGGAGACUCCUCGCAGAGAAACGAAGGAGAAGGGUUUUGUGUUGCGCCAGACGUGAAUAAAGGGAUAUAUAAUGUAUCAGUCUGUUACGAGGACCAAAUAGCCAUCUACGAGCAGCAAUGCAACAGUGUCACCUGUGUACGGAAGUGUUGUCCCGAGGGAGAAAUCAUGCACGGGGUAGAGUGUGUGCCUGCCGGAGGCUCCUUCCUGUGGCGGCCGGCCUUCACGGAUGCCAAUGACCACGUAUCCAGAGUCGAGCCUCCGAGUGACUUGUCCUACCUUUACGGAGUGCCGACCCAUUGCCAGUUGUUCCUGUUGAAUCCUGAGGCUGCCGAGGACACAUUUCUUCUGCUAAACAAUGGAAACCUGUUCCUUCCUCGCGAUGUGGGAGCCGAUGAGAGCUACCCGCCAACCCACUAUUGCAUCGACAACUUUGUAAGCCAGGACAAGGCCGUAGAAAAAGCUCUCGCCUGUUUCGGCUUGGAGCCUGCUCAGCCCGUGUGCUCGGCGAUUAAGGAGAGCCUGUACCCGAUCCUGCUGCUGGUGUCGAGCGCGUUCCUCGGCAUCACCCUCGUCGUGUAUAUCGGCGUGCCGGACAUCAGGGACAAACUGCACGGCCGCUGCCUCAUCUCGCUCGUGGCCGCCCUCUUCGUUGGCUACACGCUGCUGGCCACAACAAGGCUGGCGGCUGGCACGCUGUCAACGUCAGCCUGUUUCUUCCUAGCCUUCGUCAUGCACCUGAGCAUCUUGGCGGCCUUCUUCUGGCUCAACGUGAUGUGCUUCGACAUCUGGAGGACGCUCAGGAAGACGCGGACUGCGGCGGACGGUGGGCUGCGCCGCUUCCUGCUGUACUCGCUGUACGCGUGGGGCUGCCCGCUGCUGCUCGCCAGCGUGGCCGUCAUCGUGGACAAGAAUGCCACCUCGGAUAACAUCAUACGACCCAACAUCAGCAAAUACUGUUGGUUCAACGGCCAGGAGGCGCACUGGGCCUACCUCUACGGCUGGGUGCUGGUGCUCGUGCUGGCCAACAUCGUCUUCUUCGGGUUGGUGGCGUCGAUCCUCUGCCGCGCCCAGAACGACCCCCACCUGACGCGGAGCCGUGAAUACAACCGGGAAAGGAUGUGGCUGUACGUGAAGCUGUUCCUGGUGAUGGGCGUGACGUGGCUGGCGGAGGUGAUAUCCUGGCAGACCGGCGUGUGUGGAGCCCUGAUCGUGACGGACACCCUCAACGCGCUGCAGGGCUUCAUCAUCUUCGUGGUGUUCGUCUGCAAGAGGACGACUCUCCGGAAGGUUCAGGCCAGGUGGGGCGUGUGCUGCGGGCGGGCCGGCAAGGUGGUCAGAGGCCCCCUCACCACCCUGACCUCGCUCUCCUCCUCCAAAAGGGACAGCAGCCGAUCCUAUUCGCCUUCCACUAAACGGUCUUCCACGGCGUCUGGUGUAAACGCACGCAACGCCGCCACCCCCUUGCCCCUCCAGACCCUUCAGGAAGCCCCCAACGAGACCUCUGAUGCCUCUCCCAGGACGGUUGAGGAAGGAGCUACAGUGAUUCCGAGGACUUGCCAGGAAAGUGAUACUGAAGGAGGAAAGGUCGAAGAGACGACGCCCUUGAAGAUAGAGGAGCCAACAUCGCCGCUCGAAAAUCAUAGUGAUAAAUAAGAAACAGCUUCCUAUAACGUGUCAAUGUGUUCUUUAUCCAACAACUCGACAACUCGCAAUGUCUCGUGCUUAGUCAGUGAGUCUUCUAUGUGAUGUUUUUUUGCCUUGAGUGUCUACCCCGUCUAGUCCAGCAUGAUGGAUAUGAUAGCAACGGUACCAGAUUGUCGUACUUAGCCGGUUAUAUUUCCCGACUUCCUACCCCCAAACUGUCUUCUGGGCUCCAAUAACGAAAUUAAUUUAUAGUUUUCGUUAAAAGAGUUAGAUUCUGAUGUUUCUUGGCAAUAGUUAGGCGUCAGAAACAGGUAAAUACUAUGCUCUGAGUACGACAAUCUGGCAACGGUGAUGAUGAGUCUGUCUUCGCCGAUGUUACCUCCCUUUUCCCGUCGCUGAUGUUAUUUCUCUUUAUUUUUUCUGUUCGACUUCGUUUGUUACUGUAAAUAACCACGCCGAAUAUAAUUUGAGGUAUUCUUAAGUACUGUGAUGAUUUUGCUAUAGUAAAGGUACAAUUUUUC